UGGUGCAUGGUAAGUGGUAGAACCAUGGAAGCAGCAGUACCUUUGAUCACAUCUUAUUCCAACCGUCGCAGAGAAGUACAAGCUUUUGAUGACACGAAAGCCGGGGUGAAAGGACUUGUAGAUGCUGGACUUGGGAAGGUUCCGGAGAUAUUCAUUCAUCCACCUCAUACCUUGUACAAGACCUCAUAUGACAAGUGCUCAGAAUUUAGCAUUCCUGUCAUUGAUCUUGAACGCCUUGACAAGGAUUUGGUGACUCGUCAAGGUAUAGUGGAAACAGUGCGGUAUGCAUCAGAGACAUUCGGGUUUUUUCAAGUUGCCAAUCAUGGAAUUCCUGUGAAUGUAUUAGAAGAGAUGCUUCAGAGUGUGAGUAGGUUCUUUGAUCAAGACACUGAGGUGAGAAGACAGUUUUACACGCGUGACUAUAGCAAAAAAGUGGUGUAUAAUAGCAAUUAUGAUUUGUUUAGAGCACCUGCAGCUGAUUGGAGGGACACACUUUCCUGUUUUAUGGCUCCUUCUCCUCCAACACCAGAGGAACUGCCAGCACCAUACAGGGAUAUCCAGAUGGAGUAUGCGAAGCAAAUGAUGAAACUGGCGCUUACAUUAUUUGAAUUACUCUCCGAGGCUCUGGGACUAGAUGCUAAUCACCUGAACGAUAUGGAAUGUGCCAAGGGGCUUACGUCUAUUUGCAACUAUUAUCCCCCAUGUCCGCAGCCAGAACUCACACAAGGUGCCACCCCACACACUGACAAUGGUUUUCUCACAAUACUUCUUCAAGAUCAAAUUGGUGGACUCCAAAUUCGUCACCGAGGCCAUUGGAUUGAUGUUCCACCUCUUACAGGAACGCUUAUAGUUAACGUUGGAGGUCUUUUACAGCUUAUAACAAAUGAUCAAUUUAAAAGCGUUAUGCACAGAGUUGUGGCGAACAAUAUUGGCCCCAGGGUAUCAGUAGCUUGCUUCUUUAGCACGGCUAUGAUGCCAUCUACAAAGUUAUAUGGACCUAUCAAAGAGUUGGUUUCUGAAGACAAUCCUCCCAAGUAUAGAGAAACAACUGUUAAAGAAUUGGCGUCACACUCCUUCUCAGAAGGGUUCGACAAGGAAGCUCCAUUGCUGGCCUUCAGGCUCUAAACUUCAGCAACUAAGAUGAAAAUAAACUCGACGCCAAAAUAAAUAAUAUGAAUAAAUAUAAAAUAUAAAAAUCAGACGAAUAAUUUGUCCUGUAAUAAAAUUUCCAAAGUUGAUAAGUCAUAUAUAUUGGAAUAAUGCUUUUGCAAGCCUGGUGUGUUAAUAAUCAUCGUGUGCCUGAAGAAUGAAGACCCUGUGGUAAACAUAGGAAGUCUUCACAUAUAGGUCCAUAAUAAUACUUUUCCUUUAAAGAAAAGUUUGAUGCAUAUAUAUGAUUGUUUGGUUAACAAUGAGAAAUUAUUUCAUUACUAUGAAAAUUAUAAGAAAUGGGAAGUUCAAAUUUGUGUUUGGUUGGUA